GUUGGAUCCCUACGAUCGCUCACAUUGAUCCAACUCGCACUCCGAUCGGUUUAGAGGGUGGGUGUGGCUGCAAUGACAGAUCUCCGGUCGAUAACCUGGUAGCCAACAGCCCACCACCGCCACCUCCAUCGCCAUGGCUGCUGUUCUUCGUUUCCUCAUCGCAGUCCUCCUGUUUUCCUCUAUAGCCUCCGCCUCACUCAGCCAAGAAGAAGAAGAAGAAUUCUCAGAAGAACUGCUGCUGAAACCUCUGGCCGAUCGCAAAGUGCUCGCGCAUUUCCACUUCGAAAGCAAAGCUCCUCCCACGAGAACUUAUGGCCACCACCACCGCCUCUUCCCGAAAGCUCUUUAUCAGCUGGUCCAGAAAUUUCGGAUUCGGGAGAUGGAGUUGUCCUUCACUCAAGGUCGCUGGAAUUACGAACGCUGGGGUGGGUUUGACCCCAUAUCAAGCAGCAAUGCAAAGCCGCCUGGGGUUGAGUUGUGGGCAGUCUUUGAUGUCCCACAUGAUCUGGUUGAUGCUUCCUGGAAAAAUUUAACUCACACACUUUCGGGUCUCUUUUGUGCUUCAAUCAACUUCCUAGAGUCUUCUACUGCAUAUUCUGCUCCUGAUUGGGGAUUUCAGCCAUUUUCUGGCAGUCUGAGGUAUGGCUCUUUGCCUCGUGAAGCUGUUUGCACUGAGAACCUAACUCCCUGGUUGAAGUUGCUUCCUUGUCGAGAUAAAGCUGGGCUAGCUGCAUUAAUGGACAGACCAUCUAUUUAUAGAGGCUUUUAUCAUUCCCAGAGGUUGCGUUUGAGCUCAACCGAAUUUGGCUCAACGGAGGUAGAAUCGGGGAUAGCACUUGAUCAAACCCUUACAGUUGUUCUUCAACCUACUACUUCUCAAAGAGCUAGCAUGACUUAUUCCAGUGACUCAGUAUUACAACCCAGUUGGUCUUUGAGCUCAAUUUUUGGGAGGAAAGUCAGUGGAAGAUGUGUUCUUGCAAAAUCUAGUAAUGUGUAUGUUCAAGUUGAGAGGGGUUUGGUGUCUGAACUGAAAAAUUUGCAUGCAGAAGAUGAAGGAUCUGGGGCUGGUAAUGUAACCUUUGAAAAGACUUGGAAUAACCCAGGCUUUGAAUUAUCCAUUGCCCCAAAUAGGGUGAUUAAAGAAGUGAAUAUCUUGCAUGAUGAUACCUCAAUAGUUCUGUAUGAAUACUUGAUUGAUAACUAUAGUAAUUCCGAGCCAUUUGAUUUGGGGUUUACAUGGAAGUUUCCUGUAGUUUGGUCAUCUCCUCAAGCACCAUUACAUGCUAGUAGAUUUUUAAUGGGAAGUGGAAAUGAAAGGGGUGCCAUUGCUAUUUCCUUAAAAGCUACUGAACCAAGUGAUGGGCUCUGUGUUGCUGAUACCAUUGAAAACAGUUGUAUGUUGCGGUUUAAUGUUUUCCAAGUUGUGCCCUGGUAUGUUAGGGUAUAUUUUCAUACCCUACAAGUGUUUGUUGAUGGAAAACCUCAAUCUGUCACGGAUUUCAUUGAGAGGAUGCGCAUUUCACCUUCUGAAGACAAGGUGUCACCAGGGGUGAUGGAGAUGGCCCUUAAACUCCCUUGUUGUGUGAAGUCAGUUACAUUAACUCUAGAGUUUGAUAAGGGUUUUUUGCACAUUGAUGAAUAUCCUCCAGAUGCAAAUCAGGGUUUUGACAUCCCAUCAGCUGUGAUAAGCUUCCCUGACUUCCAUGCAAGCAUGCAUUUUCUAAAGGAUGACUCUUUGAACAAGUCACCCUUGUUAUCAAAAUUCCAGGAAAAAAGUCCUGUUCUCUGUUAUACAGAAGUGUUACUUGUACCAUUGACCACUCCUGAUUUUAGCAUGCCUUAUAAUGUCAUCACGAUUACAUGCACAGUAUUUGCUUUAUAUUUUGGAUCACUGCUCAAUGUCCUUCGAAGGCGUGUUGGUGAGGAAGAAAGAUUUUUAAAAAGAAAAGAUUCCAAGAAGACUGGUCGGCUUGGUCAGCUGCUAUCCAAGUUGUUUGCUAAGCUGAGAGGAAAAUCAUGGGAACCUACCCAAACGCAAUCAGCUUCAUCAUCCUUAAUUAGUUCUAAGCUAAUAUUCAAAGUCAUAUUAGUGGCUGGGAUUGCUGCUGGUUGGCAGUAUUAUUCUGGAUGACCUCCAGAGGAGCCUUCCAAAAGGUAUCCUCUUGUACAAUAUGUGCUAAAAGAAAUUGCAAUCACAGAUUUUUAAAGAAAAGUUUUCUAUGAUAGACAGUGCUCGUCCAGGUUUUAACCAAUUUUGUAUCAUUUUUAAGUGAAUUACAGAUAACACAUCUACCACUCAUUGUCAACCUCUAAAUUAUUUGAUAAAAUUCAAGAAAUACAAAUCUUUUCUCGGAUUGCACUGGA